AGAACAAAAACUCUCUUAAAGAGUAGAAUAUGAGUAAACUAAUUUAGAUCAAGAACACACUCAAUUCCUCAAGAAAUGGCUCUAAAAAGCUAUGUAAAAAGUUUAUGGAAUGAUGCAAUGUAAAGCUAUGAAAUGUGAACGGAUGAGAAUCUAUAUCCGUUCCACCAACUUCCAAUUGUGGUUGGUCAUCAAAAAUGGCGAGCAAAUCCCAAUGAAGAAACUGGGAGAAACCACGGUCCCAAAGACCGAGGACGAGUUUGAUGCCGAAGACAUCAAGAAGGUGGAAAAUUAUGCAAAGGCCAUCAAUAUGCUAUAUUGUGCGGUUAACCCCGACGACUACCGAAAGAUCUCCUUUUGCACAACCGGCAAGGAGAUGUGGGACAAGCUUGAAGUGACCUACGAAGGUACCGAUCAAGUUUGUGAAGCAAAAAUCGAUUUUCUCAGCCAAGAGUACGAAAUGUUCCGAAUGAAGCAAGGUGAGAAAAUCGAUGACAUGUUCGAGCGUUUUUCAAAAAUCAUCAACGAUCUUCACGCCUUGAAGAAAAUCUACUCCAACAAGGAUCUAGUGAGGAAGAUCCCUCGCAGCUUGACACCCGAAUGGUGCUCCAAGGCCGAUGCCAUCUACGAGUCAAUUGGUGUCACCAACGUCACAAUUGAUGGGUUAAGAGGUAAUCUCAAAACUUACGAAUCCACCAUUCUUAUUCCAUCAUUGGACGAACAAAAGAAAAAGGGAAUAGCUCUAAAAGCCACAAAGGAACCGGUGGAAGAGGUUUCAAGCGACAAUGACAACGAGUUUGGACUCGUCAUCAAAAAGUUCCACAAAUUCAUGAAGAAAGAAUUUGAGCGGAAGGGAAGGAAGCACGACGGUCCUCCUAAAUGCUACGGGUGUGGAGAGAUUCGCCACAUCAAGCCGAGGUGUCCAAAAGCCAAGCACGGCAAGGACAAGCCCGGUUUCAAGAAGCAAAGAGCUUACAUCUCUUGGGGUGGUGAUACCGGCGACGAAUCAACCGACCAAGAGGAGGACGAAGGUGCAAACCUAUGUCUCAUGUCGCACGAAGAUCAAAGCAACGACGUCCAAGAGAUGAGUACCAUCAGUACCGGAAGCGUGUCAAGCGUUGACUCCAGUCGAACCUUCGUGCUCGGUAAGAGACGAAAGAACAAGAGGAAAAAUUACGAUUCAAAAGAACGCUACCAACGUGCACACCGCAAGGCUCGGAUAGCAAAGUUAAGAAUCUGGAAGCGCCGGAAGGCAGCAUGGGAAAGAGAUGACCUAGAGGAAACGUUCAGCAUAGACUCUGCUAAUAGCAUCUGCGGUGCAGGUGGGGAUAAUCCUCCAGUGGACUCAGCCCGACCAGACGAGUGGGAGUGAGUUGCCUACUAACUGACAACAUGGUCAAAGCUGUAAUCAAUGCAACAUUUCGUCCCACUUAUCUAAACCAAAUAAGUUCCUUGAAUGAAAUCUGUCAAUUGGU